AUGCUGUACCAGCGCUACCGUUAUUCCCAUUGGGACGGCACCCAACAGAUUUUCGAUAUCGACGCCAGCGAGGUGAUGGAUGCGCUGUCAGACGACCUGUUGCAGAACGGCGAUGUCAUGCGGGCGUUGCGUGAACUGUUUCGCAAUGGAAUGGAGAAUCGCGACGGUUCCCAGAUGCCCAGCCUGCGUCAGUUGAUGGAACAGUUGAAAAAUCAACGGCGCCAGCAGCUGCAGCAGAGUAAUCUCGACUCGGUUGUUGACGACCUCAAAGAGCGUCUGGAAAACAUUCUCAAAACGGAACGGGAGGGCAUUCAGGCUCGCCUGGACGACGCUGCCAGCCAACCGGAACCCGACGAUGCAGCUGGCAAAGAGCAGCAUCGGUCGUUGAACCAGUUGCUCCGUCAGCGCGCCGAACACAACUGGACCGUCUCGAUGACCUUCCCAACGAUCUGGGAGGGCAGAUCCAGGGGUUGA